AUGGCCACGGCGGCUUCCAACCCCUAUCUUCCCAGUAGUAGUAUUUUAUCGUCUGGCUCAAUCGUGCAUUCCGAUUCCGGAGGUGGUGGCAUGCAACCAGGCAGUGUCGCCGUUACAUCGGUGUCUGGUGGCUACAGAGGCGAUUCGACGGUGAAGAUGGUACAAAGUGACUUCAUGCAGGGCGCGAUGGCAGCGAGCAACGGGGGGCAUAUGCUGAGCCAUGCCCAUCAGUGGGUCACCUCGCUCCCUCAUGCGGCCGCUGCUGCAGCUGCUGCCGCGGUCGCAGCCGCUGAAGCCGGAUCACCGUGGUCGUCUAGUCCCGUUGGGAUGACGGGCAGUCCCCAACAGCAGGACGUGAAAAACAAUUCAGGCAGAGACGAUCUACACACAGGCAAUGCGCUGCACCACAGGCCCACGCAUCUUGGUCCGCACCAGACUCACGGUGGGGCUUGGGGCAGCACAACCGCCGCACACAUCCCCUUAUCCGGGGGACAGCAGCAGCAGCAGUCGCUCAUUUACUCGCAGCCUGGUGGAUUCACGGUGAACGGAAUGCUUAGCGCACCUGGCAGCCAAAGCUUGGUACACCCUAGUUUAGUUCGAGGGGACACUCCGGAUCUUGACCAUGGCAAUCACCACCACCAUCACCACCACCACCAACACCAGCACCACCAACAGCAACAUCACGGCGUCAACAGUCACGACCCGCACUCCGACGAGGACACGCCGACUUCAGACGAUUUGGAACACUUCGCAAAACAGUUCAAGCAGCGCCGGAUCAAACUAGGCUUCACGCAAGCAGACGUUGGCUUAGCGUUGGGUACUCUAUACGGGAACGUCUUUUCUCAGACCACAAUCUGUAGGUUUGAAGCGCUCCAACUCAGUUUCAAGAACAUGUGCAAACUCAAGCCAUUGUUAAACAAAUGGCUGGAGGAGGCCGACUCGUCCACUGGGAGUCCCACAAGCAUCGACAAGAUAGCGGCACAGGGGCGAAAACGCAAGAAGCGCACGUCCAUCGAAGUCAGCGUCAAAGGGGCUCUGGAAAGCCAUUUCUUAAAAUGUCCCAAACCUUCGGCUCAAGAAAUCACAUCACUGGCGGACAACCUACAGCUGGAGAAGGAAGUGGUGCGCGUGUGGUUUUGCAAUCGGAGACAGAAAGAAAAACGGAUGACGCCGCCGGGAGUGCCCCAGACGCCGGAGGAUGUGUACUCCCAAGUCGGCAAUGUGAGUGCAGACACACCGCCCCCCUCCAUGGACUGCAAAAGAAUGUUCAGUGGUAGAUUACUUAAAAGAUGCAAGUUUAACUGGGCCCAGUGAACCGAGUGACCAGAGGGUGACAACUACAAGUUCGUUCCAUCAGGUAAUUUUGGCGCAUUGACAUCACCAAGGAAAGAAACAAGCAUUUUAAAAUGACCAAAAUAUAUACCCCCACGUUUCCCCCCCACUGUCAUUCACGAAAACAAGGGAGGCAGUCAAUUGUAUAUUUCAGAAAUGGGACUUUAAACUCCAGCUCAAACAAGGAGGACACAUGGAUCAACAACAGAGAGAAGACGAAUAGCAUCUAUGAAGCUUCCGAUCAACCUUUUUGCAGGAAACGCCUUGGCUUUUCUUCCGAAUAAUGGGUGGGAUAACUCAGGCCCAGCUAUCCGCCAGAGAAGAGCUACCCUAACAUAAACACAUAACACCAUCAUCACAUCUCACGUCAAGACCCUUUUAAAAUCGCUCUUUUUAUUUAACGAACUGAAACUUUUGAAGGAUUAAGAGCGACAGAAAGACAUGUGAAGAGACUUCCUCCUCUACUCCUGCACUUAUUUGACAUUGUCCUCUGCGAACAGCCGUUGCCAAGUGUGACUGUAUGGGUGCUGUGGACGUAACCAUGAUAAUGCUGCCAUUUCCACGCAGUAUUCUUUGGUAGGUUUUAAUAAACAAGACUGUAAAGCCGGCAAUAUAGAUUCAUUAGAUCAGAUACUGAUCUGAAUUAUUUACUUUAUAUUUUUCAUCAAAAUGAGUUGUUUUAAUAUUUUAUUCGGGAUACAUAUUAUUAUUCCAAACAGUAAUUUAUUUCCCCAAAAACUGUGUAAUAUGUUUUUUUCUUAUCCGUUUUCGAUGUCUGUCCUAUUUUUUGUUUAAUUUUGUAUUAUCAGUUUUAAAGGAGCACAAAUCAACUCGAACUGACAUUGGCAGUGGUUAGGUGAUAAGGGUAUAUUUUGAUGUGAUGAUUUGAUUGUAAUUUAAUUUCAGUAGUGAUUCCAUAAAAGAUGAUUGAGACCAAUAAAUUUGUUAGAAUUAA